CAAUACACCCAUAUGUGCUCAUUAUUUGACCUUUUUCGUUGUCUUACAUUCCUUCGCGGACCGUCUUUUUUAUUCUUCUCGUUUUAUCGUCCAACAUCGCAACGAUCACGCAAGUAAAACGUACUGUGAGUGAACGAGUUAGUGAAAACGAGACCUGGGCAAACGAUCCUUCCGGGACCGGUGUACAUAAUACGUGUUACUCUAUGUAUGUGUUUGUAUCGAUAGUGCCGUUGGAUACAGGAUCGACGAGUUUGUGGCUUCGUCUGCCCUACCGAGAAUGCGUAUUUUUACGUGCAUCAACAUCCAACAGAGCAUCGCAUAUCAGUGCCACACAGCGCAGUCUGGUGAUUGAAAGGAUGAUGGGCUUUUGCAUUCAUUGUUUGUACAGCCGAGCGUAACACUGUCUGUGUGUUUUGAGUAAAAAAAAAGAAUCUGAAUAGAAUCAGUGGCCUGCAGGCAGUGCGCAACAUCAGCUUAGCGUGUCAAUGUGUCGAUGUAAAGCAAAUGAUUUUUAGUGCCAGCAAAAGAUAAAAGCAUAUUUUUUGAAACAUAACGGAGAAAACACUUCAUUUGUAUAUCGUUGAAGGUAUUGCUGUUAGUCACAUUUUACGACAGUCAUCAACCCGAAAUCGACUCUCUCCAUGUUUGAGUAUCUUGUGUAUGCACAAUUUACAUAGUUACAUCAAAACUGAAGCAAGUGAAUCGAGAUAAUACAAAUCGAGUUGAGAAAAACAAAUGAGCGGAAAGUGUAGUUUAAUAUAACGAAAUAAACCACCCUAUGCGUGCGUAGUGUAGUUAUUUAUCACAGUGAUUAAUACGUACAGCUAGUUGGUGUGUACACGUUCGUCAGUGUUAGUAGCGCCAUUUGGCUAAUCGCUAAAUUUAUCGAUCGUCUGUGAAUGUUUGCACUAGUUUGCACCACCCCUUUGGAUACUUCGACUUUUUAUCAAUAGAUGUUGAGCAAAGCUCGAGUUUUUAUAAUCUACACGACCAAUACGUAACACAUAUACUAAGCCACCCAUAAGCACAAAAAAAACAACACCCAGUGGACCACAACCGUAGACAACGAGUAGUUUUUUGUAUUUUACUACUAAAAAAUAUAAAACAUAGACACGUAGACCACGUAGAUACGCCCCGUCCUGGUCCGAUUACGAGAAAAUGUCCCUGCAGAAUGAUACCGAUCCGGCAACGAAUUCGGGCUACGGUAGCUCGGACGAAACCGCCUCGCUGCUGGUGAUGGCCGGCACCAACAGCAGCAGCACGACCACAACGUCCGGCUCCAGCAUCAUAUCCACCAUCAACAAACCCAGAAUGGCGUCACACUCCUCGUUUAACGGGCCGACGAUGGCCACGGGUCCAAUCGCGGGCCCGAGCAGCAACCUCAACCAAACCGCACUGACUACCACCGCCGGUGCCGUCAACAAACCAAUCCUCAUCCGUCAGGAUCGUACCUCCACCUAUCUAGCCAGUCCACAGCUCUCCGCCACAGGACUGGGCGGCUCGGAGGAAAGCGCAACCGGUGAGGAUGACCAACAUAAUGCCCGCUCAGUACCGGACAUUGAGCUGCACUGUCGACUGGAAGCACCGGCCAUUGCCGUAUCCGCUUCCUGUCACAGUGAUGGUGGAAGUGGUGGCCGGAUCGCCGUCACAGAACGAGCCGCCUCUACCGGUUCCGGGUCGGGCGGCUAUCAGCUGAUUCCGUAUAACAGAUGUCGCGCCUGUCGUAACUGUGAUAGACGUGCCUCAACUACGCCGAUGUCUUCGCUAAAGCUCACGCGCUCCGUAUCGAAGGAAAGCGUCCGGAGCGCACUACACAGCCGCCUCACCGUGCAGCACUCAACGAUACCGCCCGUGCUCAUCACCUCCUCGCCGACUUCUGGCUCCCGCAUCAUCCGCCAAAGCUCACAACCCGAGGCAAGCACCUUGUCCUGCUGUGCGAACCAGUGCGCGCAUGCCUGCUCCAUGCCGAGCUCGUCAUUGCGGCAGCUUCGCGAACCAGGCGACGGUAUUGCCGGCAUAGCGGCCGACUCCAUGCGCAUCAACGGUGGCAUGCGGCAGUUCAAACAGCUGGUUGCUCGCAGGCGCGAAAAGGAACAGACUCUAUCGCAAAGCCGGAGAUCCCGCUUAAGGCGUGCCUUCACAGAGGCUACGAACGAGAUGACUUACGCUAGAACGCUCCGAAAGCCUGUGUCCACGUUGUCGAUUCCCGGCUCGAUGAAGACACCGUGCGCCGGUAAUCGGGAAACAGUAUCGGCUGCAUGCACAGAAGAAGCUGGCAUCGCGCUCGUGGGCGUACACUCAGAGUAUCCCAGGUACAUGGAGGAGCGAGGCCUGGGUGGCGGCGUCUGCAAAGGUCCCGGCACGAUACAAGGUGGCCCCGGUCAGAAGCACAAACCCAAUGUAGGAUACCGGUUAGGCCGGCGGAAAGCACUGUUCGAAAAGCGGAAGCGCAUCAGUGAUUACGCCCUCGUCAUGGGAAUGUUCGGCAUUAUUGUGAUGGUGAUAGAAAACGAAUUAAGUAGCGCUGGUGUAUAUAAUAAGGCAUCUUUUUAUUCAACCGCUUUAAAAACGUUAAUAUCCGUAUCGACUGUGAUUUUACUAGGGCUCAUCGUAGCCUACCACGCCUUGGAAGUUCAGCUUUUUAUGAUAGACAACUGUGCAGAUGACUGGCGAAUAGCGAUGACCUGGCAGCGAAUGAGCCAAAUAUCUUUAGAAUUACUAAUCUGCGCAGUACAUCCCAUUCCAGGUCAAUAUUAUUUUCUAUGGACUACCAAAUUAGCUAAUAAGAACAAAGCCAUCGGAGGUGAACUAGUUCCGUACGACGUCGCGUUAUCUUUGCCAAUGUUCCUUCGUUUGUACCUGAUAUGUCGUGUGAUGCUGUUACAUUCGAAACUAUUUACCGAUGCCUCGUCACGUAGUAUAGGUGCGCUAAAUCGAAUCAAUUUCAACACUCGAUUUGUGCUGAAAACACUAAUGACAAUAUGCCCUGGGACGGUUUUACUAGUGUUCAUGGUUUCACUGUGGAUAAUCGCAUCGUGGACACUUCGGCAAUGCGAAAGGUUUCACGACGAGGAACAUGCCAAUUUGUUGAACUCGAUGUGGCUAACCGCGAUCACGUUUCUCUGUGUCGGUUAUGGAGACAUCGUCCCGAACACGUACUGCGGAAGGGGCAUCACGUUAACCUGCGGAAUGGUGGGUGCGGGCUGUACGGCACUGCUGGUGGCGGUCGUCUCCCGGAAGCUCGAGCUGACACGAGCGGAAAAGCACGUGCACAACUUUAUGAUGGAUACGCAGCUCACCAAGCGGUUGAAAAACGCUGCUGCCAAUGUGCUUCGAGAAACCUGGCUCAUCUACAAACACACCCGUCUGGUGAAGCGAGUCAAUCCCGGGCGAGUACGAACGCAUCAGAGAAAGUUUCUGCUGGCCAUUUACGCGCUACGAAAAGUUAAAAUGGAUCAGCGUAAGCUCAUGGAUAAUGCUAAUACCAUCACCGACAUGGCAAAGACGCAAAACACUGUGUACGAGAUCGUAUCAGAUAUGUCAACCAGACAGGACGCUCUGGAGGAACGAAUCACCAGUCUAGAGGACAAGCUAACAUCCCUGCAGACACAAAUCGAAAAUCUUCCGGAAGUGUUAACGCGAUGCCUGACGCAGCAUCAAGAGCGGGUGGAUCAGCGCCGUAACUUCCUGCACCCGGAUGCAGCGGCCACGGGCUCGUCGUCCGGUUUGCCGACGCCGGCGCCACCCCUUGGCUCGCCGCUGAUGUUGCCGCACUCCAGUUUCUCUUUUAGGAGCGUACCGUCGACCUCGACACCGGCCUACCCGUGGCCGGCCAGCCCGAUCCUACCGCCCAUCUCGAGCCGGACACCUCAUCUCGUGCCGGAAACCCUGCUGCCACCGUCGACGACGAGUGCCCCGACCGGGGUGGGGCCAGCAGCCUCCUCCUCGUCCUCGUCGGUGGCGCUAGUGCCUACGACGGCGAACUCCUCGUUCGCCCACAGCUUCGGCACACAGUCGGCGUACGGUAACGUGGCACCUUCCUAUGCCGCUCACCACAACAACAGCAACGCACAGUCAUCCACCGGCGAUACGCAUAUAGGCAGCCACCGGACAAGCAGCUGAAUCGAGCUACGCGAUCCUAACCAUCCCCCACUUCCUCCGCCACCGCCGGCCGCGUCCGAAUCCUUCCAUUCCGACCUGUUCCUAUCUUCCUCGGGCAGCUCGACCAGCUGCUACGCCACACCUUCGCUCACCUCGGGAUCGGUGGCCGGAACGGGCAGCAAGUUCACCAAGCAACGGGAACGUGCCUCCCGGUUCUAGUAUCCAGCCGUGCACAGCGCACCCGGUAAUACCGGGUGGGCUGACUAGAAACAUAACUGCUACAUAGCCAGAUUGCUGAUUAGGGAGGAGGAAAAAUAACGAUGUGAAGGUGACUGCGGUUAAGGAUAAAGUGUUGGGCCGGACGGUAGCGUACGUCACUAAAAGGAAAAAAAGACUACUUAGGUAUAUAAUGGAUUAGUUUAGCGUUACAGAGAAAUAGAGGGCAACCAUUGCCCAUUGCUGACUACUGCUUUACAGAGUCUGCCGUAGGACAGCAACUGAUAGAGGUGCAUAAACCAAUUUACUAACAUAGUGUUUAAUUCAACGAUAUAGGAAAUAUGGACAGUGGAAAAACUAUGAACAAGAAUGCACCUUACAGUCAAGGGAGCGAGAGAAAGAGAGAGAAAGGGAGAGAGAGAAAGAGAGAGAGAGAGUGAAGGAGCGAGAGAUAAUGUGUAUGAGCGCGAGCGAGUAUGAGCAUGAGGGAAGUGUUUGUACUUAGUAAACGCUAGAAUUAAUAACACCGACUCAAUUUUCAUGACCGAUCAAAUCGACCAUGUAGCAACUCGAGGCGUGACAGCAUAGAAUUUCCUUAGAUAUUUUCUCAGCAUUAGCAAAAAAAACACUUGUGAACAAAAGCGGACCUUACCUGAUAUGUAGCCCGGGACAGAAGAUCACAGCGGCUAUCAUUAUAAAGGAGAAUAGAAUAAAACGGUAACGUUUAUGUUGCCUUAAAUUACAUAAACCAUACUCCACCUACUCCACCUACACAAUUGAUAUACACAUGUGUUUCGGGACUAGUUACGAAUUUAUCGAUCGUCGACGAUUAAUCGUGUCACACAGUCACAAGUAGUCAGAUGUCGCAGUCGUACGAAUAAUUAGUAGAAUACGCUGACAGCGCUUAUCGGUGCAAACGAUCAUCCCACUGGAACACCCUGAAACGGUUUCGAACAACAUGAUUUCAUCCGAUAGCAAGCAUGUAGGUGCAAUAGGGAUCUGUAGCAUGAUAAGACAUCUUCAAAAAAGACAACGCAUCUCAAACCAUAGGAGCUAUACAACAUCCAGUUGCAUCGGUACACGUAAACUGCUAGUACUGGACUGUUGUAGCGGUUCUAAAGUUUGUGUUUGUUCUUUCUUUCCUCUCGAACGAAUAUGAUAGAACCUAAUAGCUCAUAGGCUUAAGGCACGAAAUAUUAUUCUGGAUGGUUGAAUCAAAUACCAAACCAAUGCAUAGACGACACUGCAGCAGGGUCAGCCCUUAAGAUGCUUGAAUGGACAGCUAACACUGGCCUUCGGACUGUCCAAUAAAAGAGCCUUGCAU